UGGCUGAGUUGCUGUUGUUCCUAGUUGCUUCCACUUUAAUACAAUACCACUAACAGUUGACCGUGGAAUAUUUAGAAGCAAGCAAAUGUCAUGGAUGGAUUUUUUGCGCAGGUGGCAACCUAUCACGGUACCACGCUUGAAUUAACUGAGCUCCUGAAAGCGACAUAUUCUCUCACAAAUGUUUGUAGAAGCAGUCUGCAUGCCCAGGUGCUUGAUGUUAUACACCUGUGGCCAUGGAGGUGAUUGGAACACCUGAAUACAAUCAUUUGGAGGGGUGUCCCAAUACUUUUGGCAAUAUAGUGUAUGUA